CACGCAUUUUGAAUCCACCACCUCAGAAUCACCUGAUUCCGUGGUAAACCUUGUUUUACCACUUCAACACCGCUCGUGUGGUAAAUUCAAUCCAACCAAGCUUGUGCCCAGCCAGCGACGCCCACAAAAUCCCAGCCAGCCAGUGCACCCGCCAACAACCAACAACACGUGUGCGAGUGUGUGUGUGUGUGAGUCGCAGCCCCUCCCUUACUCGCUUCAGUGCCAGUUCACUGCCUCAUCGACCAAGAUGGCUGCUGCCAUGUGGCCCAUGGACGCCAUCAUGGAGUUCUACGACUACAUGAUGACCAACGCCGAUCCAAGGACGAGCGACUGGCUGCUCAUGUCGUCGCCCGUGCCGACCUUGGCCAUGUCUGCGAUGUACCUGCUCAUCAUCAAGUUUGGCCAGAGCUACAUGAAGGAUCGCAAGCCAUUCGAGCUCAAGUAUGUCUUGAUCGUCUACAACAUGUUCGUCGUCGCCCUCAACGGUUACAUCGCAUACGAGCUGAUCCGCAACAUCAUUGCCGAGAAGAUGAGCCUGUGGUGCGCGCCAGUCAACCAGGAUCCAACAAACGAGAACUCGCUGAGGCUUGCCAAGGGCGUGUGGUGGUUCUACUUCAGCAAGUGCAUUGAAUUCUUGGACACGCUGUUCUUUGUGCUGCGGAAGAAAGACAACCAAGUGACGUUCCUGCACCUGUACCACCACUCCACCAUGUUCCCGCUGUGGUGGAUGGGCACGCGCUGGGCGCCAGGGGGCCAGUCGUGCUACUCUGCAGCCAUCAACUCCUGCAUCCACGUCAUCAUGUACUCGUACUACAUGCUGGCUGCGCUGGGCCCGCGGGUGCGGCCAUAUCUGUGGUGGAAGCGGUACCUGACACAGCUGCAGCUGGCGCAGUUCUUCUUUGUGCUCUUCACCACAUCCACCGCCGUCUACGAAGUCAGGGCAGGCAACUGCAACUUCUUCGAGUGGAUGGGAUGGGCCAACAUCACGUACAUGGUGACGAUGAUUGCGCUGUUCAUGAACUUCUACAUCCGGAGUUACGUGGCAAAGAACGCGGCAAAGAACGCGGCAAAGAAUGCAAAGAAGCAGAAGUAGGCUCCAUCCAUAGGCUCCAGUUUUCGACAUGAUCAUCUCAUCAUGGCCAUGUGUGUUGCGUGUGGGUUUGCGUCUUGUUGCAUGCGUGCUGCCCUUGGACGUGUUGCGAGGGAGAGAGUGAAGAAAGGAGGGUGCGUGCGUGGGUGUGUGUGCGUGUGUGUGUGCACAUAUGAGUGUGUGAAGUUGGGUUGUUUUGUUUUGUUUUCCUUUCAUCAUCUGUUGUGAUCUCUCUGUGUCGCAGUCGCUGCUGGUGCGUCUGCUCUGUUUUGUUCGUUUAUUUUGCCCCAACUCGGUCUGUUGCCAGUUCAACUCAGUUCUAAACUCUUGAUUGGGGCGAUUUCAUGACAACUGCACACGCG